AUGCCAGGGCCCUCCCCGACCGAGAAGUUCCUGGCCGCGGCCAUGGCCGUCGCCGAAGACGCGCCGCCGCCGCGCCAGGACGCCGAGGGCCACGCCUUCGAAUACGUGGACGCUAUUAUAACACGGCCCGCGACCGGUAUGGAAAUGGCCGUCGAGCUGCAAGACAACAAGACGGCGGUGCUGACCGUGGCCACGGUCUGGCCCGUGUCCGAGGGCCAUGGUAUUGUCAAGGCCACCGAUGUGCUCGCUAGGAUCAACGGCGUCCCGCUCACGGAUUUGCUGCGGGAGGUCGGUUUGGAGCUGCCCGUGGACUUUCCGCUCGUCAAGCGCUACGUGCGAGCUCGGCCUAGGCCCGUCACACUCACGUUCCGGACGAGAGCGGGCCGCGACUUCGUCCAGAGUUACCAGGACUCCAUCCAUGACAGAAUAAAGCGCGUCGUGCGCAAGUGGCGACUGAGGGUCGCCGCGCGGAAGGCGGACGACGUGCCGCCCCUCGUCGACAGCACUGCUCACGACGACGACGCGCGCUCGGCGGCGUCCGACGAGUCCUGGGCCACCGAGGCGAGCGAGGCGGUGGCACAGCCGCGGCGGAAGAAGCGGGGUUCGAAGCGCCAUGUCUGCCCGACGACGAUGCCGCCGCCGCGGACGUCGCCGCAUCGCAAGCGACCGAGCGUCAAAGCAGCUGCCACAGCCAAGGCCGAACGCGAGGCCGCCGAAGCGAAGACCACUGAGGAGAAGCGCCAGCGUGAGGCCGCCGCCGAAGCGGAGCGGAGACGCGCCGCCGCCGUCGCCGCCGCUGAGGAGAAGCGGCAACGCGAGGCUGCCGCCAACGCCGAACGCGAGGCGGCCGAAGCGAAGGCCGCCGAGGAGAGGCAACAACGCGAGGCCGCAGAGACCGAGCGGAGGCGCGCGGCCGCCGCCGCCGAGGAGAAGCGGCAACGGGAGGCCACCGCUGAGGCGGAGCGCCGCGCAGCCGCCGAAGCUGAGGGGAAGCGCCAGCGCGCCGCCGCCGCAGCUGAGAGGAAGCGCCAGCGCGAGGCGGCGAUCGCGGACGAGAAACGGCGCGCCGCGGCCGCACAGGCCGGCGCAGAGAAAAGCCCCAAGAAGAAGUCCGCCGCGGCUGCCCUCUUCCCCGCCGCCACUGUAGAUGAUGAUGACGCGUCCCCGGCCCGGGGAACGACGCCGCUCGACGCCGCGGAGCCCGCGAGCCCGCCCGACGUGGCGGCGUCGCCGUUCCUGGCGACGCUCGAGCAGUUCCACGCCUCGGCCACGGCGCCGGCGCCGCGCUCGCCGCCCGUCGCGCGCCGGCAGGCGCCACCGCCGCCGCCGCCCGUCGCACUGCAGCCUGCCGUUGUCGUCGCGCCGCCGCCACCGCCAGCACAAUCGCAAUCGCCGCCCGACGCCGUCGUCGACGCGGCGCCGCCUCCGCCGCCACCGCCUGCACGACCGCAACCGCCGCCCGACGCCGUCGUCGACGCGGCGCCGCCUCCGCCACCGCCCAUCGAGCCGCCAACGCCGCCGCUGGCGGCCUACGACGUGGGUAAAGCGCAGCCGCCGCUGUCC